CUCAGUUCAUUCACAACGGAACUCUGGAUUUCCAAAACCUUUACUGAAAAGCUCCUUCAUAGGGCUGCUGAGAAGACACCAGAAAAGCAGGGGUUCACAAACCUGCCCCCCAUAAACAAUGAAAAUGUCAGCGUCGGAGAUCUGCCAGGUUCUCAAGGAAGGAGAGUUGGAGAAGAGGAGCGACAACCUGCUCCAGUUCUGGAGGAGGAAGACGUGCGUCCUGACCACGGAUAGCCUCAACAUUUACGCAGACACACAGAAACGUUCCAAGGGCAAGGAGCUCAAGCUGCAGUCCAUCAAGAAGGUGGACUGCGUGGAGCGCACCGGCAAGUUCGUCUAUUUCACCAUCGUAACCACAGACAAUAAGGAGAUCGAUUUCCGGUGCUCUGGAGAGGAGAACUGCUGGAAUGCCGUGAUCACCAUGGCUCUGAUUGAUUACCAGAACAGAAAGGCCAUCGAGGACUUUAAAACGCGGCAGGACACUGAGAGCGCGUCUCCCGGACAGCAGGAAAGGCGCAUGGCGAGGGCGCCCUGAGCCGCUGAGGACACUGGCACUUAAAAGCUCCUAUUAUGUGUCAAUGUGGACCA